AGCAAUAACAGUUUCUUAAGUUUCUGUGUUUCACAAGGUUUUUCUUAUUACUCAUGAUGCCUCUACAUGAAUUUUACAGUAUGUCUAAACAAAAAGUUGAUCAUAAAGAGAUAAACAACUCUCAUACUCUUCCAUCUUCCUCAACCAUAGUGAAUUUCACCAAUUUUGCAAAACCUAUUGCUAUUGUGAAGGCUAAUCUUCAGAACAUUGGUUUGUCUUCUUCAAAAUCGGAAAGUGUUGGAGUAAAGAACAAAGAUGAAGCUUUAAUAGGAAGCAAUCCUUGCAAAUCAACAAAAGUUGAUUUAUGUGGAGAAAGCUGUCAUCAGGCAGUGGAGCCAUCAACAGUUGAUUUGAAAUAUUUGGAGCCGAAAUCUUCCGAGCAGGAAGACGCUGUUCCAACUCCUGCUUGCAAAGAAGAUGUGUCCAUGGUUGAUCGAACUUCAAAUCAAGUUUUCGCUGAAAGUGGUAGAAAUUAUCAAGAAGAUGUCGAAAAAAGCACGAAACCAAUAGAAGUAUCUUCAUCUGUUUGCUCGGACAAUGGCGCAUAUAGAGAUUCAGAUUACCCGUAUAAAAAUUUGAAGGAAAAAAAUAUAUACUCUGAGGAUUCUGAGUGGCACAGCAACAGUGAAGACGUUGACGAUGAAUCGGUUGGUAUUAAAAGGACCGCUCAUGGACGAAGAGGUUUUGGCUCGAAGAGAAACCGUUCAGCUGAAGUGCAUAGUCUAUCUGAAAGGAGACGAAGAGGCGCGAUCAAUGAGAAGAUGCGGACAUUGCAAGAACUCAUACCGAAUAGCAAUAAGGUUGAUAAAGCUUCAAUGCUGGAUGAGGCAAUUGAGUAUCUGAAAACACUUCAACUCCAACUUCAAUUUAUGUCAAUGAGAGGCGGCAGUUCAUACUCGCCGAUGAUGUUACCUGUGGGAAUGCAGCACAUGCACAUGUCACUGUCUCCAUUUUCACCCAUGAGUGUUGCCAUGCAAAUGAGGUUAGGGGUGCCUCAAUUUCAAGGAACUCAUAUACCAAUUGCACAUGCAUAUGGACUUUCUGCUUUACAUGGAAUGGCAGCAAGACCUAAUCCUCAAAUGUUCGGACUUCCUGACCCGCGACUCCACAUGCCAAUGCCGCGCGCUCCAAUGUUUUCUUAUCCUAGAGAGUCUGUUAUGAACUCAGCAAACCCAAUUGAUGGAUCUGAACAAUCAAAUUUGGUUCUCAAUAGUGGUCGUGUUUCAUCGACGAAUGACAAAGCAGGUUUUACUCUUGGUAUCGAAGAAAACCCCAUGACUGAUAAAUCUAAUGAGUAAGAGUAAGCAUCACUGCAUGCAAAAUAUUUCAAAGCAAUUCAGUUGUAUGUUAAGGUUUUUAUGUUUGUAAUCUGAUUUUUACAGAAUUUACUUGUCACACUAUAUUACAUAAUAUUGUGUUUCUUCUCUAAGGUCAGUUUUAACUUCAAAAUUGAAAACUUGCUCACCAUCUUUUGAUACCCUUUUAAUCUCAUCCAUGCAACUUGAUUCUUUCUUUUCAUCCUCUUUA